UAGAUGUAAACUAGUAAAAAGCUUGAGUCGGUUCCUACAAAUCUCCGCAUCUUUUAUUAAUUCACCCCUCCGACUUCAUCAUCGCCCCCUCUCUUAAUUCAAUCCGACGAUAAGAGAGCAAAGAACCAAAGCUCCGGCGAUUCCUUCAUAUCUAAUCCGGUUGUGAGAUUCGCUUAGGGGUUUCGUGAAAGAUGCCGGCCACCGCAGGGAGAGUUCGCAUGCCUGCGAACAACCGCGUCCACAGCAGCGCGGCGCUUCAGACUCACGGGAUAUGGCAGAGUGCGAUCGGUUACGAUCCCUACGCGCCGACGGCGAAAGAAGAGCCGAAGACGACUCAGCAGAAGUCUUCUGAUGACCACCCUGAGAACUCUUACGCGAGCUUCCAGGGUCUUUUGGCGCUUGCGCGUAUCACUGGAUCGAAUAACGAUGAGGCUCGUGGGUCUUGUAAGAAGUGUGGGCGUGUGGGUCACUUGACGUAUCAGUGUAGGAACUUUUUGAGUACGAAGGAGGAGGGGGGGAAGGAUGGUGGGGAGAUUGAAGCUGAUGUUGCGGCGGGGUUGGAGAAGGUAAGGAGGUGUGUUGGGAGAGGUGAGGUUAAGGAGGAGGAAGAAGAGAGUAGUGAGGAGGAGAGUGAGAGUGAGGAUUCUGAUGUUGAUUCGGAGAUUGAGAAGAUUAUUGCUGAGAGGUAUGGGAAGAAGAAGAAGGGGAGUGGUGGUAGUAGUGUUAGGAAGAAGAAGAAGCGUGAUGAGUCUGAGUCUGAUUCUGAUUCUGGAGAUAGGAAGAGAAGGAGGAGGUCGAAGAAGAAGCGGAGGACUACGCAUAAGAGGAGGAGUGUGAGUGAUUCUGAGGACGAGGAGGAGGAAGGAAGGAGUAAGAGGAGGGGAAGAAAGAGAGAUGAGUCUUCUGAUGACGACCGGAGAAGAGUUGAGAGAAAGAGUAGGAAGGAGAAGAGGAGAAGGAGGAGCAGGCGUAACCGGUCUGAUGAUUCAGAUUCAUCUGAGGAUGAUGAUGGUGCAAGUGGUAGAAGGCAGAAGCGUAGGAACAAAGUGGCAGCUUCUUCUGACUCUGAUUAUGUCUCAGGUGAUGAAGAUUCACGCGUUGGAAGGGGUUCCUCUAAGAGGUAUGAGAAGAAGAGCAGGAAACGCCAUCACAGGAAGGACUGAAAAAUAAAAAGAUCUAUCAGGUUCUGCUGCUAUUUGAUGUCUCCCAUUACAACUAUCUAUGUCCACAAUAAUGAAACCUGCCUUAUGGGAUUUGAUUUGUGUUUGGCUCUUGUGGUCUCUUUUUUUCAAAGCAUGUAUGGAUGAGAUACUGUUGUGUUGUUGUUAAUUGUGUGAUGAUUUGUUUCUAAA